UCUAUUGUGAAUGAAUGUUUUAACAACGCAAAGGCGAACUCGGGCGCGUAUUCGCAUAUUUUUGUGAUCAUAAAUUGUUAUUAUCAUUUGUUUGUUAUUUAUGUUAAAAAUGAAAAAGUUUCCUGUUAAGAUUGAUCUUUCGAUAUUUUUUGAAGACGAAAGGAAAUACGUUAUAAUACUUGUCGAUCCGCAAUGGAAAAAUGUGGAGUAUUUACAACGUCGAGUGGAAGAAAUAUUUGAUGUGCGGCCGGUCCGGUUUCUUACUACAGAUAAUCUUUUUAUACCUCCUCAAGAAUCUAUCGAAGUUGUGGAAUUUACGGAAUCCCUUAAGGCUUUCAUACCGAAACAUGCUCUCGAGGAAUCUCGCCGACGCUCAAGGCAAUUGAAACUCGAAACCCCAGCAAAUCCUAUUAAUGUGGAAGAAUCGGUUGAGAAGAAUUUAGUAAAAAAGAGGAAAUAUCAUACAUUGCCAACGGAUGUACUAGGAAGCUCUACCCCCAAUAAGACGAAAAAAUCAAAACGCAUUCCAAGAGAAGUAGAUCAUUCACCUGUAAAUACAGUAGAGCCGAUUUCGAAUGAAUCACAAGAAAUUACAAGUACUAAUGAACAAGUUAGCAUUUUGAAAGCAAGUGAAGAUUUGCAACACAAUAAAAGUGUCGCAAAGGAGUCCAUAUGCGAUAGUGUAAGAUCCUUUUCUAAUAAUGUGAACAAACAGAGUAUAACAUUCAAUGAUUCGGAAGAGAAAUCAGUUAGUAAACGUAAACAUAAAAGGCCUCAUAAAGAAAACUCCAUUCUACCUAUGGAUUUCGACCAAGAAAUAGCUGAACAAACAGUAACGUUGCGGCCGGAAGUACCUUCUUCAACUUUCCUCAACCAUUCUAAAUCUUCAAAUAAAUCAUCGCAUAUAUACUUUGAAGAAUCCACACUCGUUGAAACUACAACCAAAGAACAACAAAACAAAUCCAUCAAUAAGUCCAUAACUAAAGGGAAAUCUAAUACAACAAAAGUAUUAUUUAGAUGUAAAUUAAACGAUGCAGAGUUUGAGAAAACAUUGGUUUUUCCUUUAAAAUAUAUUAACAAUAAUAGUGAACAUCGUAAAUCAAUCAUAAAAAUACAAGAAAAUAUACUGCUGCAACCAGCAAAUACCGAUAGUUUGAACAACGCGCCGGCUCUGAACGAAUCAGAAAGUCAGUUGGACGAAAAUGUUUUACCAAGAAUUUCCAAUGCUACAGGCGAUCAGGAGAGUGAAACAGAGGAUGGAAUCGGGAAUGUAACAGAAAAUGAAGAUAAUUUUGCAUCUCCAAAGAAUGAGAUCGUUAAGAAAAUUGAAGGCAAAUCGAGUUCUACUCGGGAAGAAAGGACAAAAAAUGCAGACAAUAUCACCAAUGGUUUGAAUGAUAGCAAUUGCAUGAAUGAUACGACCUCAGAUAUAGAAAAUGAAAAACAAACAGGCAAAAUUAACGAACAUUCGAAAUGCGAGAGUCAAAUAGAAGAGGAGGAAGUAACUAUAACGAGUAAGAGUAAAAACUCAAAAGCUGGCAAAGAAAAUAAUGUAACGAACCACUCACAAGUUGAGCUUUCCAACUUGGAAUGCAAUUUAGAUGAAGCAGUACAAGAAGAAAUUGUUUCCACCAAUGACAAGAUGAAACAAACGGAUGUGACAGAAUCGAACUUUGCAAAUAUUUCAGAAAUGUCUAAUAGAUCAUUGUUAAUGCAUGAAAGUUCAGUUAUAGACUUGGAUGACGAUGAUGAAGUCGUAAUUGAUUUAAGUGAUGCUGAUGACCAACACCAAUCUCUGGCGACAAGUCGUAUUGAUAAACUAUCCGAAACUUUAAAUAAUAGCAUAAGCACAAUGAACAUCGAUGAAAUGCUAUCUUUUUGUAUACCACUGACCGGAACACCCGAAUUGGGAGAUGUGAUCAUUUUUAAGUUUAAUCGUCGUGUUUCUGGCGCUAAAAUUGACGAAUCACAAUUCAUAGCCUGCAGAUGCGAACACAUCAAUAAACGCACUAAAGCUUUAAAGCUUGCUAUAAUAAAUGAUAGUCUCGAAAAUGCUGUCAUUCCUCAAAAAUAUAAAUACAGUGUAGAUGAUUCGUUUGAAACUCGAUUUAUGAAUAUUAAGUUUACCGAAAUGAUCGAUCCUAAAGUAUUGAAACUAAGCAGUUAGAUUAUAAUGCAAAUUGUAUGUUGUAAGAUAUUUAAAUGUUUGAUUUUUGUUUAAUAAAUGUAUUGAAAAUAAGCACUAAUA